CUCUCGAUAAGGAAUUCCUGUCCAUGGCGGCGAACCGCACUGCUGACUUCGCGCAGCUCUGCCAGCACUAUGCAGCUGCAAAGGGAAGAAGCCCCGCCCUGCAGAAAUCUGUGCACACGCCACUUCAAGAGAACGCACAGUUCAACGCUGCAGCCUCAGACAUCUCCAAGGAAGUGUACCAGGCCUCCAAGAGGCUACAGCAGCUCACACAAUUGGUGCGGCAGAACAACAUGUUCAAUGAUCCAACUGAGGCCAUUAAUGAGCUGGCAGCGUUAGUGAAGAAGGAUAUUACAGACAUCAAUAUGCAGCUGGACAACCUUCAGGAAUACAUGAAUAAUAAGCGGCAGUCUGCGCCCUCGAGACAAGCCGCCAAGCACUCGGAUGCCAUCGUCUCUUUGAUGAAAUCCGACCUCAUGGCCACGACCAGGGGGUUCAAGGACAUUUUGGAAGUCAGACAGGAGAAUAUGAAGCUGCAACAGAGUCGACGUGCUAGAUAUGGCAAGACGGCGUCCAGUGCAUUGGGCAAGCCCCUGGCCUUCAAGGCUCCUCAGCCCCCGAGAAGUAACAAUAGCCACACCGGUAGUCUGCAGGAAGUCAACCUGUCCAACACACUGCCGCGUCCAGGAUUUAGUACGGAGGACAGUGGGAACACAGAGAUUCAGCCUCUUAUCACCACCAUGACACAGGAGCAAAUCGUGGCAGAGCAACAGAACUACACCGAGUCGAGAGCAGAAGCUGUGUCCCAGAUUGAAAGUCAUAUUGUGGACAUCGGACAGCUUUUCGGACGACUGUCGACGUUGAUACACGAGCAGGGAGACCUCGUGAGGAGAAUCGAUGACAAUGUGGAGGAGUCGCUGGUGAACGUGAGCAGCGGCGAGCACGAGCUGCUCAAAUACUUCUCGAGCCUGUCGAACAAUAGACUGCUGGCGCUCAAGAUCUCCGCUAUCUUAUUGGUUUUUCUCAUCUUCUUCAUGUUCUUUUUAGCUUAA